AGUCCGGAUCCGGCAGUAGUGGUGCAUCAGAACCAGCUCCGGGAAGGAAACAACUGAUGCAAUAAGAAAAUAAGUGGAAUAAAACGACUAUUAAGUUAAUGUUUUAAGUGUUACAAUGUGUGUUGUAAAGUGUGGAAUAAACCUAGUAUCGUGAAAUAUGUCAACGGUACACUCGUACAGUUUUGGUGCAAUAUAAGACAAAAGUGCAUAUAAAAAUAAGAUUAAAAAAUUACAUUAAACAACAAAAUAUCUAAAGUGCUUUCGACAUACCAAAGUGUUCUAAUAAGACCAAAAUACCCAAAAAAAAAAAAAUAGAAAAUGAAAGUGUUUGUAUUAGUCAGCGUGGUGCUGAUCAACCUGCUGCCAGUGUAUGCCGAUCAGACGGAUUUCAAUCACAUCAAUUCGGAUGGAUCCUUUGCGUUUGGGCUGAAAAACUCCGACACACCCGGGGGACACUACCAUACGGCCAGCGGUAACCCGAAAACGAUCGUGCGGGGACGCUACAGGAGCCGUCAGCCGGAUACGGGGCGCGUCGAGGAAACGGUCUACACGGCGGGACCGCGCGGCUUUCGAGCGCGCGGGCCAAAGAUCCACCGCAAGCAGAGCCUAUCGCAGGUGCAACGCGGCCCAAUCGGCACCCCAGAGGAUCCACUGGCCGACCCGUACGAUGAUCCCAGCUACGAUUUCCAGUUCAAAACACGCAACUACCAACGGCGCGAAGGUUCGGACAGCAAUGGGCGCGUAAACGGGCUCUACACGUACAUCGACGAUGUGGGAGAGAAGCACUCCGUUCGCUACUCGGCCGGCUCGGGCACCGGGUACGAGGUAGCGAACCCUGUCCCGGAUGCACCGAACACGAUCGCGUACGAAAGCCCACUGUACAAGACGCACAAGCAGGUUCGCGGCAAGGUCGCGUUCGAGAGUGGACCGAGCGGUUCGGGACAGUACAAGUUGCUCUCUGUCGGGCCCGAUCAGCGACGGGCAGAGACGACCGGUCCGGACGGUGUGACGCGCGGCUCCUACUCCUAUCUGGACGAUAAGGGUGUGCAGCGAACGGUACAGUAUAUUGCCGGUGCCGGCAUCGGUUACAAGGUGGUCCAGAGCACGGUCGGCGCUGGGACGCACCGGUUACAGCAGCCCAACUUUGGCAUUAGCCACGUGGAGCAGAGUGAAAUUGGUGACAAUAACAAUCCUUCCUAUCAGACGGCUCCCUCGGGACCUGCCAGCGAGCGGCCCGGUACGUCCGGCGCGGGGUACGAUCAUGUCGCUCGUCCGUCCGCCGGUGGGUAUGAUGGUGGUUCGAGUCGUCCGACGGCUCCUGGUGGAUCGUACGAUCCUCCAACGGGACCAUCGGGGGCUGGUAGUAGCUACCCGGACGGACCCAAGCCAGGAAUUCCCGGCUAUCCGGAGAGCAGUCGCCCAACCGGACAAGGAUACGACGAGGAAGACUUUGACAGCAAGCGUCCUACAACGAGCUCUCCAAGCCUCCGUCCACCCACCACCGAUCGGCCAACGGGACCGAGUGAUUCGAGCGAGACGUCUCGUGAAAAAUAUCCCCCCUCCAGCGAUCCUGCCGACCACGAUCUGGGAGGCUAUGGGGAGGACAGCAUCAUUGGACUGCUUCCACCCAAGUACGACUACGAAGCGCAACCGGGAGCCGGGCCAAGCGCGUCCGAUCACGACGAUCACGAUACACCCUCCCUGUCCGGUCCGUUCGAUGUGGCGAUCUCCAGCGGCCCUUCCGGUCCGGCCCCGUACCCAAGCUUCGGUGAAUCGGCUCCGGGCACGAACGCUUACAACUCGAACGACUUUUCCGGCUUCCCGGAGGUAACGUACGAUCAGAAAAAGCUCGAGGAGGAUCGCAAGAAGGAUUGGCGCGAUUUCGCCAAAGACUCGACGAUCAUCAAGAACGUGGGCGAUUGGUAUGUGGGGCUUGCGCCGGGCGCAUCCGUGCGGGCGCAUAUACAGAACAUCGAUCUGCUGCCGUACGGUGGGCGAGCUCCGUCGCCCGGUGAUGCUUUGCGCCGUGACACGCAAGCGCAGGCCAAGUCGGACCGUUCGGGCGGUCGGAAAGCGUACGAUGGGCGAACGCGGCUUAUAAAAACACCCAACCGGAUGAUCAUAGCAAACAGUGCGGUCGGUACAGUGUUUGCGAAGGUGUACAGUGCGCGUCUCAUCACCAUGGCGAGUAAAAAUCCUUCGGUUGCUUGGAUAGUGUGUGUUGUCAUCGCCAGUUUGACAGCGAAAGGAUAUGGCUGGAAUCUUCCUGCCUCGUACUACCAGGGAGCUGGUGGUGCAGGUGCUGGUGGUGGUUACUUUGGAGGUCGUGGCGAAAGCACUCCCAACAAUCAAGGUCUUGACCAAACUGGUGCAAGUGCUGGCUCGUGGAAUGCGGCUGGCGUUGGUGGGGGUUUCCCUAGCCAAGGGCAAACAGGUGCAGGAGCUUCCAGUGGGGUUGAUAGAGCGGCCAGCUUCGGAGGCAGCCAGUGGAGUGCUGGUGGAGAUGGUAGAGGCCUCGGUGGAGGAGUCGCUCCCGGAGGUGUGUCAACUGGCGGCGGUGACCUUGGAGCAGGUGGAACAGGUUUUCAACAAGGAGGAGCAGGUGCGGGAGUAGGAGGCAGUGGUUCUGGAGCUCCCUUAGGUGCAGGUUCUGGAAGUGGGUUCGGAUACAACGGUCAGGCGGGUGGUUUCGGUGGUUCCAACUUUGGUCAGGGUCAGUUUGUACCUCACAGCACCAAUGGAGUUGCAUCUGGUGCCGGUGGCUUUGGUGGAUCUUUUGGAGGAUCUGGGGGCAAAUAUGGACCAAGUGGACAUCAUCACGGCUAUCGCCAUCCCACGACCUACGCCGGACGUCCAAUGACGCACGUGUAUCCGGCCAGUAGCUGGCCCUGGCACGGUGUUGGCUACGUUUAUCGUGUGCCUGUCGCACACAUCAACCCGGACGGUAGCUACGGCUUCUCUUACUACACACCAAACUCAGCGCGGGAUGAAACCGGACACUCCAAUGGCAAUGUAGAAGGAACGUACGGGUUUCAGAACGAUGGUGCCAAGCAUAACUUUUCGUUUAACGCAGCGCCGGAUGUAGAUUUACGUUCAAGCAUCGGUGACACUCGCCUUGGUGGACUCAAUCCCGAUGAGUACGGGCCACAGUCGGUACACUCGCGGGGACGAUUGCCCCUGAUACCGGCAACAUCAUUUGAUGGAGUGGCUGAUGAGCAAACAAGAACAGCAGAUGGGUUGCCAGUGUCUGUAGAACGAUCGCCUGGUGCGAACAGCUGGUCUACUAGAAGUGGCACUGAUGGAGCAGGUUCUGAAGGUGGAUCUGAUGAUAGCUCCCUAUCUGUUGUUGGUUUACCGAAAGCAACGACCGAAGCAGGCGAUGCUUCCCAGCCUACUGCUCGCGAUCAAGUAGUGCGUGGAUCAACGGAACCCAGUGCUAACGAGUUAGAUGGUCGCAGGUUAGGAGGAUUCGACGGAACAGCAACAACCGCACGCCCACUAGGCGCAUCAGUGGAGCAAGUGGGUGCACGUCCAGUAAAUGAAGUUCCCUCGUACAGUAAUGAAAUUGAUCGAAACGGUGUGCAAUACAAUGGUGGAGUUGGCAAUGUUCCAGUUGAUCGAUCGUACCAGUUUGGCUACCAAACACCGGACGCAACGCGGGAAGAAUCGGCCGAUCAAGCGGGCAACGUGCGUGGAUCGUUUUCGUACAACAAUGAGGCAGGUCGUAAUGAUCUUCAGUAUGUGGCCGGAACAGGGAUGGGAUUCCGUCCAACAGGAGGUAGUCUAUCCGUACCGAAUGGUUUACCUAGAGACAAUGGACAACGAUUCGGUCCGGUCACUGGUGCUGGUGGAGCGUUUGGAGUUGACGGAGGCCGCUCUCUUGGGGCUGGAAGUCAAGGAGCUCAAGUCGGUGGUGGAUUAGGCGGUGCCUUCGGUGGAUCUGAUGCAGGAUUUGAUGCAGGUAAUGGAAGAUCUGUAGCUACCGGAGACCAAGGAGCACCACUUGGUGGUACAGCAGGAUCUGGAUUUGGGACGGACGGAAGGCCUUUAGCGUUUGGCAACCAAGGAUCACAGCUUGGUGGUGGAGUAGGUGGAGGAUUUGGAACAGGAGCGGGCAAUGGGUUUGGAGCUGAUGGAAGGCCUCUAGGUUCCGGUAAUGGCGUUGGAGUUGAUGGAAGAGGUUUCGGAUCACAGCCAGGUGGAGGAUUUGGAGCAGGAUCUGGUGCUGGUUUCGGAGCCGAUGGAAGACCAUUAGGCUUUAACAAUCAAGGAACACAGACAAGCUCAGGAACAGGAUCUGGUUUUGGAGUCGAUGGAAGAGCAUUAGGCUUUGGCAAUCAGGGAGCACAGACAAGCACAGGAACAGGAUCUGGUUUUGGAGCCAAUGGAAGACCAUUAGGCUUUGGCAACCAAGGAACACAGACGGUCUCAGGAACAGGAUCUGGUGCUGGUUUUGGAGCCGAUGGAAGACCAUUAGGCUUUGACAACCAGGGAACACAGACCGGUGGUGGUGGAGUUGGUGGUGCGUUCGGAACAGGAUCGGGCUCUGGUUUUGGAGCUGGUGGGUUUGGAAACCAAGGAGCAUCUGUAGGUGCCUUUGGUGCUGACGGAAGACGUUUAGGCUUUGGAAAUCAAGGCACCCAGUUCGGUGCAGGUGGAAAUGGUGCGUCCUUCGGAGGUUCCGAUGGAAGAUCGUUCGGAUUCGGCAACCAAGGUGGACAGGGCUUUGCCACAGCCGAUAGAGGAUUGCAAGCAGCAACUACCCGUAAUCCGGUCACAAGAAGUCCCUCCGCCGGAUCAUUCGAUGGAUCCGGAUUAAGCUCUGCAGAUGAAGGUGAAGAAAGCACUACACUCAACGCUCCAGACGAUUCAGAACAAAGGAACACGUUCGGCGGCUUUGGAGAUGUAUCUCGAGCCGGUCUCUUUACGAACGCAAACCGUCGCUUGGUACAGUGAACUAUGUAAAAACUAAUAAAAAGGCUCUUUGGGAUUGUAUACUUU